CACUUGGCGUCUGAGCGCCUGAUUGGUCGGUGGCGGUGUUUGUCAUCGUAGCACAGGAAGUGCCUGGGUGUGUUUCCGAGGGUAGGGUCUUAAAACCUAUGUCUUAAACUGUAUCGACGAACUUCUCUGAAGACACCGACAUUGCUGCAGAGGACGCAGGAUGGAGCUGCGACCACUCGUUAUGUGCUUUGCUCUCUGUGUGGUUUACGCCACCAGUAAACCCACCGAGAAGAAAGAACGUGUUCACCACGACGAACCCCUCAGCAACAGAGCUCACGAUGAUAUGGAGAACUUUGACUAUGACCAUGAAGCUUUUCUGGGACAAGAGGAGGCCAAGACCUUUGACCAGCUCACACCAGAGGAGAGCAAGGAGAGACUCGGCAUGUUAGUUGAGCGUAUAGAUGACGAUAAGGAUGGCUAUGUCACUGUUGAGGAGAUGAAGAAGUGGAUCAAGCAUGCACAGAAGAAGUGGAUCUACGAUGAUGUGGAUCGACAGUGGAAGACUCAUGACCUAAAUGGGGAUGAUGUGGUGUCCUGGGAGGAGUACAAGAAUGCCACAUAUGGAUACAUCCUGGAUGAUCCCGAACCCGAUGAUGGCUUCAGCUACAGGCAGAUGAUGGCUCGCGAUGAGAGACGAUUCAAAAUGGCUGACCAAGACAAGGACUUAAAAGCCAACAAGGAGGAGUUUACAGCCUUCCUUCACCCUGAGGAGUACGACCACAUGAAAGACAUCGUUGUACUGGAAACUAUGGAAGACAUUGACAAGAAUGCUGAUGGUUUAAUCGAUUUAGACGAGUACAUAGGUGACAUGUACAACCAGGAGGGAGAUGCCUCAGAACCUGAGUGGGUGAAGACGGAGAGGGAACAGUUCACGGAGUUCCGAGACAAAAACAAAGACGGGAAGAUGGACAAGGAGGAGACCAGAGACUGGAUCCUGCCCAGUGACUACGACCAUGCUGAUGCCGAGGCCAAGCAUCUGGUCUAUGAGUCAGACACAGACAAAGAUGGCCGUCUGACCAAGGCAGAAAUCGUGGAUAAGUACGAUCUGUUCGUGGGCAGUCAGGCGACCGAUUUUGGAGAAGCUCUGACUCGACACGACGAGUUCUAACAUCCACCUGCCUCCAAAGACUGUGUUCAUCUUGCGUAACACCGUACUCCUCCAACAGUGGAUGGAGUAACUUAAACAAGAUGAGCUCACCUAAUCCAACGCCAUGAACAAUAAUUUAUUUGAUUUGUUGAAUGUGUCCCAUUCUACACACACACACCAAUAUUAAACACAGAGUUUGUCCUCAUGCUCAGUUCUGUGUAAGAUUGGGACAUAUCGCUAGCGUGUACUCUGCUUCCACACACACGCGCUUCCCUUUUCCAGUUCAGGCAAAGGACAAAUAGUGUUGGUCGACAACUUUAGUCUUUUUUUUUUUUAUCUGAAAUAAUGUUUUGUAAUGAGAACCUAAACGAACAAAUUUAAGAUGGCAUAAUACAGAGUAGUUUAUUGCACCAUUUCUUUUACCAGUUCAUUGAGCCGUGAAAAGAAAAUCUUUAUUUCUAGCCAGUAGAAUUUUUCUCCUCUUUCUGUUAUGUUUUUGUGCCUCAACUGAAGACUCCAGUUGUUGAUUGAUUGUAUUUCAUGUUUGUGUCACUGAUCAUAAUGCGGUAACUCUGGAGUACAGAAGGGAGUUGAACGAGGAGUUAAUAUUAGAUUCCAGUGACGAAAACUAUUUGUACCAGUGCAAUAGAGUAUCAUCAGUGGUGUCUUUGCUACACUCAUCCCCACAGCAUCCAUGUUAACACAAGCUAUAGUUUCUACACAAAGGCAGGUUGUUGAAGGAAUCAAGAAUUCAUAAUAUAGGGAUUGAUGGAUGCUUUUGUCCACAAAGCUGCCUAAUUUUCUUUUCUUUUUCUCAUUAGUCACAUGUAUGUGUGUACAUGGGGAAACUACUUGUCUUCUUGAUUACUGAGUUAUCCUUUCUUUGUUACAUUUUGUUAAAUCUAGCUCACGUAUGUGCCAAGCAUUAAACCUUGUCUGAAUAUUUUUUUUAAAGUUUAGAUUUGAAGAAAAAUAAUUUCCCAUCAAACACUUUCCCUCCUAAUUAUGAUUUAUGCUAGUAUUAUCCUUACCACCAUUUAUAACCACUCUUGAGAUUUUUAUACUAUAAUGUAUAUGAUGUUUUUUUACAGGCUCACAGCACCCUUUCACUUGUGACUUUAGUGGUUGGUCUGCAAACUGAGCACUCAACAAUCAGGUCAGGUUUUUGUGAUUGAGAGGAAUGUUCUCAAUAAAAAAAACAGCUAAAUUAUUUGUUUGCCAACUUCUUUUGACUUGAAGUACCAUUUGCCAGGUGUUUUCACAUGGCAGCUACUAUUACAAGUGACAGGGUGUUCAUCGCACUCAAGCCAAGCUAUUGUUCUCAGGAAGUUGUUUGUGUUUAGAGAAAAACAUACCAAUGUUUUUUUUCUCUAGUCAAAAAACAUCCUCACAUUUACAAUAACUGCUUUUAUGAUAAUCUUGUGUUAGUACAUAGCAGUUUAAAAUAUUCAGUUUAUUCAUGUUUAUCCCAGCUUUCUUCCAUUUUAGGUAAUGCCGUUUCUUGCUUUCCUUCAGGCUGUUGACCUGAUCUCUCACCUGUUGUUUCAGACUCUACCUUAAAGCUUAAGGACAUUUAUUUGCCCCUUUUGACCUUCCCACAAUCAAUCAAACGUGGACUUUUUGAAAUCUACAGACAUCACAAUUGAACACAUCUUUAGAUGUUUAUUUUCCAGGUCUGUCACUGCUAUCCUGUUAAUAUAAAGCAACUGAAGCUUG